GCGUUUGAUGUCAUUGUCGAUGCGUAUGGGUCGCAGGGUCUGUGGUAUGCGGCGGAACGGUGGUUGAAGCCUGGCCCCGGGCAUGUGUAUGUCUCCGUUGGGCCGGCGUUGGAGGCGUAUACCUUCCGCAGUGCGGUGGGGGUGUUGGUUAAGCAGAUGUUGAAUCGGCUCUUGCCGGUGUGGCUGGGUGGGAUAGACAGACAAUAUUGGCAGGUUACGGCUUGGGUGGAUGCGAAGAGGUUGGAGAGGCUGAGGGUGUUGGCUGAGGAGGGGGUCUUGAAGACGUGGAUUGGCGGUGUUUGGGGGUUCGAGAAUGCGAUUGAGGCAUAUGAGGUCUUAUUGAGUAAGCAUGCGAAGGGCAAAUUGGUCAUUCGUGUUCAGGAUGAGGUACUGUCUAGGACUGGAGAUUGA